AUGUACCACCUCCCCGUGCGCCUCGCCCGCUCAACCCCCCUCCGCCGCGCAACAACAACAAGAGCAACACCACCCAGACACCAAACACGCCACUUCCACCCCACACGACCAGCUCCCUUCCUGGCCGAAAUCAUGGACUCCUCCUGGCUGAUCCACGGCGUCCACAACCUCUCCGGCCUACCGUGGGCCUACACCAUCCCGCUAACGGCGCUCAUCGUGCGAACCUUCAUCGCCCUCCCGAUCCAAAUCUACACGAAGAUCCAAGGGCGCCGCGAGAAAGCCGCGCAACCGCUCCUCGCCUGCUGGCAGAAUUACUACCGCUCGAGCAUCAUCGCGAAGCGGGAGCAGCAGCAACGACUUCAAAGUAUGCAAGAAUCAAGCGGGCGCCGCCAACCCUCGGUGCGGACCGAGACGGCGGUCGCGGUCGCGCGCCAACGCAAGGCGAUGUUCCGUCGGCUGGGGAUCAGCCGGUACUGGAAGGGGAUGUUUCUGCUGCCGAUCCCGGCGUGGUUGUCGGUGAUGGAGACGAUCCGGGCGAUGGCGGGGUGCGAGAGCGGGCUCCUGGCCUGGCUGCUCCGGCUGGUCGGGUCGGACACGGCGAAUCGCGUCCCGGUCGAGCCCACGCUCGCGGCCGAGGGCGCGCUCUGGUUCCCCGACCUCCUGGCCGGGGACACCACGGGGGUGCUGCCCGCGGUGCUCACCGCGUCCAUCCUCUUCAACAUCCACGUCGGGUGGAAGGUGCCCCGGCUGGCGGAGCUGGCGGAGCUGCCGCGCGCGCAGCUGCCCAAACACCUGUUCCUCCGCGCGCUCCGCACCUUCGUCCAGAUCAUGGCGCUGAACGUCGGGCUUUCGACGUAUCUCUACGAGACGCCCGCGGCGCUGCUGCUGUAUUGGGCCACGAGCAGCAACAUCGCGACGCUGCAGAAUCGGGCGUUGGAUCGCAUGAUGGGGCUAGAUGAUGCAACGAAGAAGGAGCCGUCGAUGGGGAGCAAGGGGAUGCUUAUGCUUUACAGGACCCCGGUGAGGCAGAUGGAGGGGGCCCAGAAGCAGGCUGGUGUUGUGGGGUGA